UCCACUUCUCUCCGGAUGCGGCAGGCCUCUGACUUUCGCUGGCCAAAAUGCAAACCACCACAGCAGCAUCGACGUCUCCGCCGCCUAACGGCGGCGAAAACUCCGACGGAGCGGCCGAGCACCGGCUCCGGGAGGCCGAGGAAAGGCUCCGGGAGGCCAUAGAGGAGCUGCAGCGGCGCCAGCGCCACGCCCGUGGCUUCCACCACCCGCAAUGCGACCACGCCAAUGAGUCCUGCGUCGCCAACGCCAUCGGCAAUCUCUGCCAGAGCUUCCUCCUCUCCUACGGCGUUAGAGUCGGUAUCGGAAUUCUUCUCCGGGCCUUCAAGCUCGUCCGGAGGCAAUCAUAUUCGUCGCUUCUCGAUCUCAAGCAACUUGUCUCAGAGAAAGAUUUGAUAGUAAGAGAAGAAGCAUGUCGUGUUGGUUUACUUUUUGGUGGUUUUACUGGAUCCUAUCAUGCCCUCCGAUGUUUGUUGAGAAAGUUGAGAAAGAAAGAAACUCCUCUGAAUGCAAUUUUAGCAGGUUCAGUUGCGGGUUUGUCUAUUCUAGCCUUAGAUGAUUCUAGUAGGAGACGUACACUUGCUUUAUAUCUUGCAGCUAGGCUUGCCCAGUGUGCUUACAAUUCUGCAAAGUCUAAGAACAAGUUUCACCUCUGGGGAAGCCAUUGGAGACAUGGAGAUUCCUUACUCUUUGCUUUGGCAUGUGCCCAGGUUAUGUAUGCCUUCAUAAUGCGUCCUGAGACCUUGCCCAAGUCAUAUCAAGAUUUUAUUCAGAAGACUGGGCCAGUUGCACAGCCUGUAUACAAGGCUGUAAUGGAUACCUGUAGAGGUUCUCCAGUGGAUAUUGUGUCACUAUCUGCAUAUUUAUCAAACAGAAGGGAGUCUGACAAUGUUAAAUUGGAAGAGUUUCCGUCCAUCAUUCCUUGUUCCAUUAUUCAUCCUGACACAAACUCGUGUUUAGCUCACAAUGCUAACGCAGCAUCAGCUACAUUCAGGAAAACAUUUCCGCUUUAUUUCUCCUUGACAUUUGUACCAUUUGUUGUUCUGCACUUACAAAAGUUUAUGGAUACCCCUGCUCGUACCUGUUGGCACGCAAUUAAGGGUGCUGUUCGUUCAACAACAUUCUUGUCUGCUUUCGUCGGAAUCUUUCAGGCGGUCAUAUGUUUGCAUAGAAAAGUGGCAUCAAAAGACCACAAGCUUGUGUAUUGGGUUGCGGGUGGAACUUCCGCCCUCUCUGUACUGCUGGAGAAGAAAGCUAGACGGAGUGAACUUGCUUUAUAUGUUCUCCCUCGAGCUGGAGAUUCGCUAUGGUACAUAUUAGUGAAUCGCCAUCUACUUCCAAAUAUCAAGAACGCCGAGGUACCACUAUUCUGUGCGUGUAUGGGAGGAAUCAUGUACUACUUAGAACACGAGCCGGAUACCAUGGCCCCAUUCCUCCGGGGAUUGAUUCGCCGCUUCCUCGCCAGUAGAAUCAGCAACCCAGGCCCACCAUCUAGCCGGACUGCUUCCUACACGUAUCUACAAACUCUUGACGCACUGAAGAAACCGAAACUGCAAGAGGCCCAAGAACCUCCAGCUCAAGCACCAGCACCAGCUUCAGCUUCAGAGAAGUACAACCUUGAAUCCAUACCUGGGCUGUAAGCAAUAUAUAUAAUCUCUCACACCCUAUUUAUCUACCACAGCUCAAAUAUCACCCAUUCCUUUUACAAUUGAUCCCAUUGAAUAAGGUUAUGCUCCGGCACUAGGGGGAUCAUAUUCCUCCAGCUUAUGAUUUUGGAGGAAGCUGAAUCUUUGUUCAACUUGAUUCUGAAUGACUAUUCUACUGAAAUAGACCCCUUUUGAGGGAAACAGAGGUAGAAGGAAUAAGUGGGAAUAACAUAAAAGCUUUUAAUAA